GACAGCAGCCGCAGAUUCCGAAUUCGCAGAGGCGUCGUAUUUUGGGCAAAGUUUUGUGUUAAAAAGUGUUGUAUUUAGAGAACCUGAACAAAAGACAACUAACCAGGUGGCUUGUACAACAUGUCGCUGAUUUGCAGUAUAUCAAACGAAGUGCCGGAACAUCCGUGCAUUUCACCGAAAUCAGGUGCAAUCUUUGAACGGCGCCUGAUCGAGAAGUAUCUGAUCGAAAAUGAGUGCGAUCCAAUCAAUGGACAGCCAUUAACAGCGGAAGAAUUGGUCGAUGUGAAAACUCCUCCGAUUGUUCGCCCGAAACCACCGAGUGCUACAAGUAUUCCUGCCACACUCAAAACCAUGCAAGACGAGUGGGACGCAUUGAUGUUACAUUCUUUCACCCAACGUCAGCAGUUGCAAACGGCGCGCCAAGAACUGUCGCACGCACUCUACCAACAUGAUGCCGCAUGCCGUGUAAUUGCUCGACUCAACAAAGAAGUAGCUGCUGCACGGGAAGCUCUUGCUACACUGAAACCACAGACAGGAAUGUCUGCAAUUCAAGCCGCUCCACAGCCAUCGAUAGCGUCAGAGGCUGCCGGUGUGGCCACCCAACCAGUGGAACAGGCCGGAAUGAGUGCGGAGGUCAUACAGAAGCUACAGGAUAAGGCAACGGUACUGACGCAAGAGCGCAAGAAAAAAGGCAGAACUGUACCCGAGGAAUUGGUCAGCCAAGAGAAGCUGCGUGGAUUCCUCACCUUGGCUUCGCAUCCGGGAUUGCAUUCAGCUAGUGUACCUGGCAUUCUGGCAUUGGAUAUAAACCAUUCCGAUCAAAGUAAAAUCCUCACUGGAGGUAACGAUAAGAACGCGACCGUUUUCAACAAAGACACUGAACAAAUCGUUGCCGUGUUGAAGGGUCACACGAAAAAAGUAACAAAUGUAAUUUUCCACCCGGAGGAGGAUACGGUCAUCACUGCAUCACCCGAUGCUUGCAUGCGCGUCUGGCAUGUUCCAACUUCGCAGACCCAACUACUUCUUCGAUGCCACGAUGGUCCCGUCACCGGCCUUUCACUGCAUCCGACCGGUGAUUACGUACUGUCUACGUCUUCAGACAAGCAUUGGGCGUUCUCGGACAUCCGCUCUGGCCGGCUGCUAACCAAGGUUGCCGAUACGGCCGAAUUUGGCUUAACGACCGCCCAGUUCCAUCCUGAUGGGCUGAUCUUCGGUACCGGCACAGAAGAUUCUCAAGUAAAGAUCUGGGAUUUGAAGGAACAAAGCAACGUGGCAAACUUUGCCGGUCAUACCGGACCAAUAACAGCCAUAUCGUUCUCGGAAAAUGGAUACUAUCUGGCCACAGCUGCUGACGAUGCGUGCGUAAAGUUAUGGGAUUUGCGAAAAUUGAAAAAUUUCAAAACCAUUCAGCUGGACGAUGGGUACGAGGUGAAGGAUUUGUGCUUCGAUCAAAGCGGAACUUAUCUUGCCAUUGCUGGUACCGAUAUCCGCGUAUACCUCUGCAAACAAUGGCAAGAGUUGAAAGUGUUCAAUGACCACACAGCGCUGGCAACGGGCGUUCGUUUUGGAAAGCAUGCACAGUACAUCGCUUCGACGAGUAUGGAUCGAACGCUGAAGCUGUAUGGGGUCGAGUAAAGUGAAGAUAGAAAGUAUUGAUUACGUCGCACUAGAACUAGCCGUCUGUUUUGUGCCGAUUUAAAUUCAUUCUUUGAAACAAACAAUUUAUUACACAAAUAAUAAAUAAAAUUUGACGUAUUCUGUGUGCCCGGAUCAACCAAA